AUGAGGGUUUUUUAUGAGGGCGAGAAGCAUGGCCCUCAUGGGUUAUCUGCGCGGAAGGCCGACAGUGGGCUUGAGAAGGCAGCUCACGCAACUCAGAGGACCCUUGUGUCAUUGUCUUCUUCUGGUCAAGAUGACGGGGAGAAACUCAUCAACCUCGACCAUGGAGACCCAACUAUGUACGAAAGUUACUGGCAGCAGAUGGGUGAAAAGACCACAGUUGUGAUCCCUGGAUGGCAGUCAAUGAGCUAUUUCUCAGAUGUGAAAAACCCUUGCUGGUUUUUGGAGCCAGAGUUUGCCAAGCAGGUUGUGAGGCUGCACAAUCUGGUGGGCAAUGCUGUCACGGAAGGUCGUCAAAUUGUGGUUGGCACAGGCUCAUCUCAGCUCUUCUUAGCUGCCCUCUAUGCUCUGGCUCCAAAAGAUGCAUCUGAGCCCAUAAGUGUGAUUUCUGCAGCCCCUUUCUAUUCCUCUUACCCCUCUAUGACUGACUACCUCAAGUCGGGUUUGUACAAAUGGGCAGGGGAUGCCCGGAGCUUCGACAAAGAGGGGCCGUACAUAGAGCUAGUGACCUCCCCCAACAACCCUGAUGGAUUUGUCAGGCACUCCAUGGUCAACCGAACUGGAGGUAUAUUGGUUCAUGACUUGGCCUACUACUGGCCACAAUAUACCCCCAUUUCGUCGGCCACUGACCAUGAUCUGACUUUGUUCACCGUCUCGAAAUCCACCGGGCAUGCCGGGACACGCAUUGGCUGGGCUCUUGUCAAAGAUCCAGAAGUUGCCAAAAAGAUGAUCAAGUUCAUAGAGCUCAGCACCAUAGGCGUGUCCCGGGAUUCGCAGCUCCGAGCAGCUAGGAUUUUGGAGGUGAUCAUCAACUCCUCCCAAAACCCUGGCAGGCCGGAGUCCGGUGAAUCUUUCUUUAAGAUCAGCCAUCACCUCAUGGCAGAGAGGUGGCAGCUUCUUAGAGAGGCGGUGAACAGGGGCAGAUUUUUUAGUCUGCCUGAAUUCCAGCAAGGGUUCUGCCAGUUCCUCAACCAGGUCUCGCAGCCUCAACCUGCUUUCGCAUGGCUCAAAUGUGAAGACGAAAGCGUGGAAGAUUGCGAAAGCUUACUCAGAGAUCAUAAGAUUUUAACCCGAGGAGGAAGGAGCUUUGGAGUUGGUCCAAAGUACAUCCGCGUGAGCAUGUUGGAUCGGGACCAUAACUUCAACUUGUUUUUGAAGCGACUGGCUUCGAUCCAGACAUGA